AUGGCGGAAAAGCCCAAGACAGCGUUUAUAACAGGCGGAGCAAGCGGAAUAGGCCGCGCCCUCAGCAUCCAUCUCCUCUCAAAAGGCUGGCACAUCUUCAUCGCCGACGUCAACACGACCUCUGCAAAGCAACUCGCCGACGAGCACAACACCUCAACUACCAUCUUACACUAUUCCGAAUGCGACACCACAUCCUGGGAAUCGCAACUCUCCGCCUUCCGAAAAGCUCUAAAAGCGCUAAACAGCCGCAUCGACUGCGUCUUCCCCAUUGCCGGAAUCAGCGAGCGAAAAUGGCUUCCCACCCCCUCUGAAACCAACGCCAUGGAAACCGACGAGUUCGCUAAACCCAAUCUCUCCGUCAUCGAUGUUGACCUCACAGCCGUUCUCUACACCGUCGCGCUGGCCAUCCAACAGUUCCGACGUCAAGAACCCAUCGCUUGGAUGGGAAACCAUCGGUUCCGCGGGAAAAUCGGUCUGGUGGCUAGUAUAUGCGGGUUCUACUGUAUCCCCAGUGUGCCUGUAUAUACCGCUGCUAAGCACGCCAUCGUAGGGUUGACGCGGUCUUAUGGUGCUCUACUUAAAGAUGAGGGUAUCACGGUCAAUGCUGUGGCGCCGAAUGUGGUUAGAACGGCGAUUAGUUCGGGUGCUUUCUACGACAAAUUGGAAGCAGAGGGUGUGUUGACGCCGAUGGAGGGUUUGAUGAGCGCUUUCGAUGAGAUACUUCAGAGUGAUAAUAGUGCGCUUGUGUACGAGUGUGGGCCGAAUGGUGGGUGGAGUUUACGAGAAGGCGCGCAGUAUUUGGAUGAAGAGAGUGGGAAAGCUUGUGAUAUGAUUUCAACGCGAUCGAUGACGUUGCAUUAUGAGACGCAGUGA